AGUAGUGUGAGACCAAGACGAAACGCUGCGGCCGACCACAAAAGUUUUGAGUUAGGCCUCCUUAAUAGACAUCCACAGAAUCCAUUGUGCGCUGUAUCUGUAGACCAUGUUCCGAUAUACACUUUUGCCAUUCGAGUAAUAACUUGCACAUUGCAGAUUCUAUCGCAAAAUGAAGUUCAGCUACGUAAUAUUCAUUUGUUCUUUGGUCACAACAUCAGCCGUGAUAGAUUUCACUCUUAAUUUGAAAGACUCGCAAGUUUGCGAUCCUGGCCAAUGGAUUAUAACAAAUACAAUAAUCGAAUGGAAGAACAGCACGAAAAUGAUUUCAUGUAACAUUACUUAUAACGAGCUAAACGAUAGCACAAUCUACAGGAUACAUAUUAUAAUGAAUUGUGAGGAUAUAAAUUCUAAUUGUACUAACGAACCGAUUAUAUGGAUUGACGAUAUCGACUGUAAUGAUUCGCAGAAUCUUUCGCUAUCGGAUAUGGACGUUUGUAAAAUUUCACAGGAAUUAGGAAAGUGGGAGAGACAGAAAGAAUUAUUUGAAUACCGAUAUGGGUAUCUUUUUGGAGACAUGCUCUAUAGAAUGAUACUUUGUAUAAAUAUUGAGGAUAUAGAAUCUGAAAUCAAUUUUGUUUAAAAUUGUCUUUUUCAAACAUAUCAAUUAUUUGACUGU